AUGGCUCCAUAUGAAGCUCUAUAUGGAAGGAAAUGUCUUUCUCCUAUUUGUUGGGCUGAAGUGGGUGACAGACCAUUGUUGGGACCAGAACUUGUACAAGAAACAACUAAAAAUGUGAAAUUAAUUCAACAGAGAUUGAAAACUACACAAAGCCGCCAAAAGAGCUAUGCAGAUGUCCGCAGGCGAUAUAGAGAAUACGAAGUCGGGGAUCAUAUGUUCAUAAAAAUGACUCCGAUGAAAGGGCAAACACGGUUUGAUGUUAAGGGCAAAUUGGCGCUAAGAUGUGUUAGGCCAUAUGAGAUUCUCGAGAAAAUAAAUCCAGUAACAUACCGAGUAGCCUUACCUCUGGUGAUGGAAAACAUGCACAAUGUCUUUCAUGUCUCUAUACUUCGGGACUAUUUGAGAGAUCCGUUACAUGUGAUUGAGCUGACUCAUGUACUUCUAAAAGAUGAUUAUACAUAUGAGGAGAGACCGAUGCAAAUUAUAAACCGUCAAAUCAAGAGAUUGAGAAACAAAGACAUACCGCUGGUAAAAGUUAAUUGGCAAAACCACAAACGAACUUAUGCAACUUGGGAGACAGAGGAAGAAAUGAUGAAAAGAUACCCUGAAGUAUUCCCUUUGGACCUGGUAUUAUUCCAGAAUGAAGGAGUAUCUGUUUGA